AUGAUUGAGCUGCUGACUGGAGAGGUUCCUAUAAGGUGUCAGGAUGUCACCAUCUAUUUCUCUAUGGAGGAGUGGGAGUUUUUGGAAGGACACAAAGAUCUGUACAAGGACAUCAUGAUGGAGGAUCACCAGCUGCUUACAUCACCAGAUGACUGUACCGGAAUCUCAGAUGGGCAUGUGGCAUCUUCAGAUUUUAAAACAGAGGAUUAUGCUAUUACACAAAAUACAAGUGAAGAACAUGCCAUAAUCCCAGAUGUACCCUCAGGUCUACUCAGCAAAGAUUCAUCAUGUGAUUCUUUUAAAUAUGUCCAAACUUCAGAUUUAUCACAGAUUGCAAAGGAACAGAAAAGCCACAAAAUGGGUGUUGAACAUCAAGCAGAGGAGAAGCCAUAUUUAUGUUCAGAGUGUGGGAAAUAUUUUAGACAGAAAUCAUAUCUUGUUAGACAUCAAAUAAUACAUACAGGGAAAAAGCCAUUUUCAUGUUCAGAAUGUGGAAAAUGUUUUAGAAAAAAAUCAAAUCUUGUUACACAUCAAAGAAUUCACACAGGGGAGAAGCCAUAUUCAUGUCCAGAAUGUGGGAAAUGUUUUACAGAUAAGUCACAUCUUCUUAGACAUGAGAGUAGUCACACAGGGAAGAAGCCAUAUUUAUGUUCAGAGUGUGGGAAAUAUUUUAGCCAGAAAUCAGAUCUUGUUAUACAUCAAAUAACACAUACAGGGAAAAAGUCAUUUUCAUGUUCAGAAUGUGGAACAUGUUUUACAAAAAAAUCAAAUCUUGUUACACAUCAAAGACGUCACACAGGGGAGAAGCUAUUAUCCUGCCCAGAAUGUGAGAAAUGCUUUACUCAUAAAUCAUAUCUUGAAAAGCAUUUAAAAAUUCACACAGGAGAGAAGCCAUAUUCAUGCUCAGAAUGUGGAAAAUGUUUUACAGAUAAGUCGAAUCUUGCUAUACAUAAAAGAAGUCACACAGGAGAGAAACCGUAUUCAUGUACAGAGUGUGGAAAAUAUUUUAUCCAGAAAUCUGAUCUUGUUAGACAUCAAGUAACUCACACGGGGGAGAAGCCUUUUUCGUGUUCAGAAUGUGGGAAAUGUUUUACUCAGAAUUCAACCCUUGUUUGUCAUCAAAGAACUCACAGAGGGGAGAAACCUUUUUUAUGUUCAGAAUGUGGAAAAUCUUUUAAUUGUAAAUCAAAUCUUCUUAAUCAUCAUAAAAAUCAUACCGGGGAGAGGCCAUAUUCAUGUUCAAAAUGUAGGAAAUGUUUUAAAGAUAAGUCAUGUCUUCGUAGACAUGAGAGUAGUCACACAGUGGAGAAGCCAUAUUCAUGUUCAGAGUGUGGGAAAUAUUUUAGCCAGAAAUCUGAUCUUGUUAAUCAUCAAGUAACUCACACGGGGAAAAAGCCUUUUUCGUGUUCAGAAUGUGAGAAAUGUUUUACUAAGAAGUCAACUCUUGUUUGUCACCAAAGAACUCACACUAGAGAGAGAAGAGACUUUCUUGUUCAUAAUGUGAAAAAUGUUUCACAGAUAAAUCAUAUAGAAACAUAGAAUGUGUCAGCAGAUAAGAACCAUUUGGCCCAUCUAGUCUGCCCAAUAUACUGAAUACUUUGAAUAGCCCUUGUCCCUACCUUAUAUAAAGGAUGGCCUUAUGCCUAUCCCAUGCAUGCUUAAACUCCUUCACUGUAUUUGCAGCUACCACUACUCUCUCAGUACAGUAAUACUUCCUGAUAUUACUUUUAAAUCUAUGUCC